AGCGCUUGAGUCAUAACGAUCUACGGCUUCCUUGGUUACGCUACCGUCAAUCGUCAGACUAGACAUUUACUUUUUCAAUUAAUCAGAAAAUGACGGCCCACAGUAUGGGCGCCUUUGGUGCCUACAAAUACGCGUAUAGUAGAUACUUAAAGGAGCGGGGAGACAUGGAAAGGGAACGAAAGGAAAUAGAGGAAGGACCGGAAACAGUGUGGGUAACGAAGCGCUACAUUCCCACUGACCUACGUGUUACUGCCCCAGUUCCCCGCCAUAAACUUUUAGCGCCGAAAGUACUUCCACAGGCAGAGACCCAUUGGGUCCCUACUAUUGAUCCUCCUCUCAGAAGCUAUGAUAGAGGUCCAGAGGCUGCUAUAUUCAAAUCCCACCCCAGCACGCGAUGUGAGGAGUAUUCUACCCUGAAGCAAAUGCUGCCUUCUAACGGAAGUCUGAUCAGAGUCGCUCCCCCAAACUGGGGUACAGCUGGAGGGGUACCUGUCUUUCACUCCUUUGUACCAUCACGGCGAUACCCAAUGAUCAACAGCCCAAUGACCACAUAUGUGGAUGACAUGCACACAACCAAUAAACUUUUCAAACUACAUUGAUGAAGGAUGGAUGUCUAAAACCGAUCAAACAGAAGAUGCAUACUCCAACUUCACCUUUCCGUCCAUUUAACCAGGGUCCUGUGUCGCCACAUUGUGUGUUCCUCCUCAUUUUCUUUGUAAAUCUUGUAUAUAUAUAUUUACAUUUUAGAACCCUGCUCAAUCUUACCAUAUAUGCAACAGUAUGCUCCACACAGAGUUUGUGUAACUUUGCUGUCAUAUCUAUGCACAGAGUAAAGAGAUAAACUAAUCAUGUUAAUGAUAACCCAUCAGUAUUAGCCUUACUAGUAGUGAAGGCACGUUGUUGAGUAUAUCCGUUUUUUAAACAUACCCAAGUAUUUUUGAAAUCCUAUGCCGGUUAAAUAACAUAUUUAACAUGUACAGUACUUUAAUUUAAUCAGGAAUUCCAAAUUCCAAAUUUCUUCCCGAUAUAUCAGUAUUACAUACAUUUUUAGUCAUUUUCUUUGUAUAUAUUGCAAAGCCCAAUUCAAUACGUUUUUUGUAGUCAGUAUUAUAGAUGUCUGUCCACUAAGCUUCUAUUUGAUGACGCACUGCUAGGUCGUGCUCAUACCAAACAUGAUA